AUGGCAUACGUCUGGGACUCUUUUGAAACGUACCGCCUGGAUCAGCAGGACUUGGAAAAAUACCUGACCGGGCUGUUCGGCCAUUACGAUUUUCUCAUCACGGUUGUCAACGGGUACUACAAGUUUUGGAUCCCUAGUGCAUUAUCAACAGUCAACCCGUCAUUUCUGGAUUUUUUGUUCCCGUUUGGACGGCAAGGAUUCGCACGGGACUUCCACUUCAGCGGGCUGAGAGACGAGUCUCGACUAGCUAACUAUUUGGACUCAUCUAUACCCACUGCGCUGGGCCGAUCAGGAAGAGAUAUCCGGUUGUGCUACAACCUGCGGUCAGUAGAACCGUGCAAAGAUCAUUCACCAUGGUCGAUACGACAAUGUGCUGUAUAUCACACGUUCGACCUGAAAACUAGGAAAACGUUCUGGAUAUUCGUCAAGGGGAACAAAGUCAUCAAAGAGAGAGUGACCGAAGCUCUUGAACGUUUGAACCAUAUCGAUACUGCUACCAAGAAACCAAGACAGCCCGUUCAUUCACCUUCUUGCGAUGAAUUCAAUACAUCGCUCGAGAUACAUCUCUUGUUGUGCAAUUGGUCAGGUGAAAAUUGGCGUUGGUACAUCAAUGAGCUAGAAGAUCAGCUUCAAGCUACGACACAAGGAGCAUUGGAAUUCAAAGUGGAGAAGAAACUCACGCUAGUGACGACACCCUCUGUAUCGAGUGUCAUGAGUCCACGAACAGGUAUAGGCAUCUUUCGCAAAGCGUCCUGGGCUCCUCACCCAAGCCGUGCGUCGCGAUUUGAAGCUUUAUCUCCAUUGUCGAUACCUUCGGCUGUCGUUCCAGAAGAUGCUAUGCAAUCGCAACCAUCGCUACUUUCACAGCCUCCAACGAGGCUUAAUACUCGUUACAAUACUUGGUCAACGGUGCUGCCAAGAGAUCCUACCAAGAGAAAGAAAUUCGCAUUUAUUAGACCAAGUUCCCUCCUCAAGUCCGUUCCAUGGCCGUGGAAGGUAGAAGAUGUCAGCAAUAGACCGACGCCAUCCGAUAAUGAGAAACUGGCGCCGUCUUCAAACAAAUUUCCACCUCCGCAACUACCACCCUCUACAUCGCAAGAUGAACUGGAUAAAAUUCCAGGUACCUUCACAUUUCAGACCCUACAGGACAUUCAGCACAUCGAAGAAAAGGCACAAGAAGCUCUCCUUCAUAUGAAGCUAAAUAUGGAGGUGCUUACACAUCUAAGACAGCAGUACCAACACUUCACGCAUCACACCAACUUUCCCAACGAGAUGGCCCGCCACCGUGAGGAGAGUCUUUUCAAUUUUGACAAAGGUGUAAUUGGAGUUGAAAAAGACCUGCGCAUGCUAGAAUCACAGAUUGAAACACUACUGCUCCUUUUGAAUAACAGAAAAACAUUGGUUAGCGGUAUGCUGCAGCACCGAAGCUCCAAAGCCAGCGAAUUUUACGCCAAAGAGUCAAGGGAGUCCGCGGCUCGCAUGGAGGAGAUGACCUUGACGAUGCAGGCCCUCGCCGUAAAGACUACGCAAGAGACUGUUUCAAUGAGAGUGAUCACUACAGUGACUCUCUUUUUCCUCCCGGCAACCUUCAUUGCCACUUUCAUGAGCACAGAUAUUCUCAAAUUCGAGAAUGACAGACAGGAUCUGCAGACAAAGGGCCUCAGCAUAUACCUUGCCAUAUCCCUGCCUUUGACGGCAUUCACAUUCUUUGUUUGGUACGUUAUCUAUCGCUGGGCUAAAAUGAAGACUGAGGCUCGGUCCGACAAGCUAUCUGAAGCGGUCAGUGAGGUCUAA